AUGUUUGCUGCCGAGAUUUACAUGCACCGUUUCCUGCUAUCAAACCCUGUCCGCACGCUUAACCCAGAAGAGGCAGACUGGUUCUACACGCCCGUUUACACAACAUGUGACCUCACUCCGAAUGGCCUCCCAUUGCCUUUCAAGUCACCGCGAAUGAUGAGGAGUGCUAUACAGCUCAUUUCUUCAAACUGGCCGUAUUGGAACAGGACAGAGGGUGCUGAUCACUUCUUCAUUGUGCCUCAUGAUUUUGGAGCGUGCUUUCACUAUCUUGAAGAGAAAGCCAUUGAUAGAGGUAUACUGCCUCUGCUCCAACGUGCCACCUUGGUUCAAACUUUCGGGCAGAGAAAUCACGUCUGCUUAAAGGAUGGUUCUGUCAUAAUUCCCCCAUACGCCCCUCCUCAGAAGAUGCAAGCCCAUCUCAUUCCUCCCACCACCCCUCGAUCCAUUUUUGUUUACUUCCGAGGAUUGUUUUACGAUGUCGGUAACGACCCUGAAGGUGGUUACUACGCAAGAGGGGCCCGAGCGUCGGUGUGGGAGAACUUCAAGAACAACCCCUUAUUCGACAUCUCGACGGAGCACCCGACCACAUACUACGAGGACAUGCAGCGUGCCGUUUUCUGCCUUUGCCCCCUCGGGUGGGCCCCGUGGAGCCCGAGGCUGGUGGAGGCUGUUGUCUUUGGGUGCAUCCCUGUCAUCAUUGCCGACGACAUCGUGCUCCCGUUUGCUGAUGCCAUUCCGUGGGAGGAGAUUGGUGUUUUCGUGGACGAGAAAGACGUCCCUAAGCUCGACACUAUCCUCACCUCUAUCCCGAUCGAGGAAAUUCUACGAAAGCAGAGACUCUUGGCUAAUCCUUCCAUGAAACAGGCAAUGCUCUUCCCGCAGCCCGCCCAGUCGAGGGACGCCUUUCACCAGAUCUUGAACGGGCUGGCCCGUAAACUGCCGCAUGGCCCGGCUGUUAACCUGAGGCCUGGAGAGAAGGUGUUGAACUGGACUGCGGGCCCUGUGGGGGAUCUUAAGCCUUGUGGACAAAACCCGUUAACUGGCCCGCUAUUGGUGUAUUCUCUUUCCUACAUCCACACGCACCACGCUUACCCUAUCCAUCCGCACUCCGCAGCAACAAAAAAUAGAACAGAGUACAAAUCAAUCACCCUGUCUUCCUUUCCUCACUUCCAUCGGAGAUCCUCCCCACGGCCUCGCCUACUCCGGUGUCCAUCAGGAGAAGGAGAUAUCAUGUCGUCAUCCCUAUUGUGUUUUUCGGCUACUUUUUUGGAUGAAGAUGAUGAUAACCAUUACUAUCACGACAUAUAUGUUGUGGAUGUCUCAAGCCGAUGUAAACGUCGACGCCACACUGAUAUUCCAUCAUUGACUCCUACGCUCCGGGUGAGCGGACAGUACUUUGGCGACACGUCAUGUGUCACGAGUUCGGGAGUUUUCCUAUUCAACUCUAAUUUAAAUCUCCACCUCUCGCGUAUGAAACUUAAGGUCAUGUCGAAAGAAUCUGCAGAUCCUCUCUGUGUCCGCAGAAUCAACAUCUCCAAAUACCACAGCACCACCACCACCACUUCCCGCGUACUCCCAAUGAAGGCUGAUCACACUAUGGUGGAGCAUGUGUGCCCAUUGAUUUCCAGAAAAAGGUACUUGCAAGUGCUCCCUACACCCAAUGGCAAGAUCAUCGCCUUCUCGACUAGGAUCAGUCGCCCUGAACCGUCCACGACCACCACCAGCAGCAGCGUACCUGACGCACCACCUAUUGUGGAUUUUGAGCUCUACCACCCAGACAUGGACAGAUGGGAGGCGCUACCCUCCAUCCCCCGUGGCCUGGAGAUCCAGCCAGGAAGCAGCCACUUAUCAGGAUCGGGCUACACUUGUAGUUCUCGCAUCGUCACUUACUGGUUCAUGGGCGGGACGCCAAUCUUUGCCGUGAUGUGCGACGGUGGAUUUAUUUUUCAUUUGGACCUGACCGCAUCACCACACCCAUCAUGGACCUACAAACCCUGGCCCCUCAACGUGCGUAGCAACCUCUCAUUUGGAGACGGCGAGUACAUCUACGUCACUGAUGAUUGGUGCUUGACUCCUCGUGGGGCCCGGCACUUGACUGGCCCCUUGCCUAGCGUUCCUAGGUGGCGGUUGUCGAAUAGGGAGUUGUUGUCGUCGAAUAGAGAGGGGAAAAAAACGAGCAUCGGGGUUCGGGACGUGGGCUCAGAGGGAUUGCCGACCUGCUUCUACAUUGUGGAGUCGACCUUUCUUGACAAUACGAUGAAGGGGUGCAAGCUCAGCGUGUGUGAGUACACGUGCAAUGUUCGUCCGUACCUGAAGAAGUUGUGCAAAAUGGAGGCUAAGCAAAAGGCUGUGAGGGCCAAAAUCGAGAAACGUUAUGAGGUGGAGAGAAAGGUAAGAGAAGCGCACAAGGGGGCAAUGAAGUUUAGUGAGGAGAGCCACAAGCUGAUGCAGUUACACGCAAUGGAGGCGUCUUAUGCGUGGGUAAAACAAGUGCCGCAGCUAGACUGCAAUGUCUCCAGCUCUUUCGAGUUCCUUCUCGUCACCCCCCCAAGUUUUAAUUCUUGGAUUCUUGGCAAUGCUUGCUUUAUUUGA